CAUCUUCACUUCAAUAGUCACUAAGAAGAAAACACCAAGGACAUACCCCUUUUCUGAUAUCAUCCUAAUUUCUUCUUCUCUGCCACAUAAUUCCAUCUGAUCUUUGAAGUUUACUGUAAUCUAAUGAUUACACAUAGCUUGGGAUCCUUGGAAUUGUAUCAAAGAUCAUCUAUAAGCUCAUCAAACUAAAGAUGAAAAAGAAAGGAGUUGAAGCAAGUCCAGUUGUUGUUGUAGUGUUUUUUAUGUUCAUGUUCUUGUUUUUCAGUUUUGUCGUGUCUGAUAAUGCUGAUGAAGAAAUUGAACUUCUUUUGUCUUUCAAGUCAUCAAUCCGGGAUCCUUCUGGUUUCCUCUCAAACUGGGAUUCAUCUUCCACUUUUUGUCAGUGGCACGGCGUCACUUGCAAUAAUCUCGCUCAUGUCGACAGACUUGAUCUUUCUGCAAAAAACUUAUCUGGGAAAUUAGUUUCCUCGUCGAUUUUCCAUUUGCCUUUUAUCCAGACUUUAAAUCUCUCCAACAAUCAGCUGUAUGGAAUUCCCGAGGAUAUGUUUUCUUCAUCUUCUUCAUCGCUUCGGCUUCUCAACCUUAGUAACAAUAAUUUCACAGGUCAAAUACCAAAAGGUUCCAAUCCAGACCUCGAGGUAUUGGAUCUUUCAAACAACAUGCUGUCCGGGGAAAUCCCACUAGAAAUCGGAUCGUUUUACAGCCUAAAAUAUCUCGAUCUUGGUGGGAAUGUUUUGGUUGGAAAAAUUCCAACCUCGAUCUCAAACAUCACAAAUUUGCAGUUCUUGACUUUGGCUUCAAACCAGUUAAUUGGCCCCAUUCCACAUGAACUAGGCAAAAUGAAGAGCUUGAAGUGGAUAUACGUCGGCUACAACAAUCUUUCGGGUCAAAUUCCAGAAGAGAUCGGAACGUUAACUUCCUUGAAUCAUCUUGAUCUUGUCUACAACAAUCUCACCAGCCAAAUCCCAUCAUCCCUGGGAAAUCUCAGCGACCUUCAGUAUCUUUUUCUUUACCAAAACAAGCUUACAGGUCCAAUUCCAAACUCCAUUUUUGGACUCAAAAAGCUGGUCUCUCUUGAUCUUAGUGAUAAUUCGUUAUCUGGUGAGAUAUCUGAACUGGUAAUUCACUUGCAAAACUUGGAGAUUCUUCAUCUUUUCGGAAACAGCUUUACGGGUAACAUCCCGAAGGCUUUGACUUCUUUGCCUCGUCUUCAAGUGCUUCAGCUUUGGUCCAACAGACUGUCAGGUGAAAUACCUGAAAGUCUUGGAAGACGUAAUAAUCUCACGAUUCUCGAUCUCUCCACAAAUAAUCUCACGGGUCGGAUACCAGAUGGAAUUUGCAGCUCGGGUCGGCUUUUUAAGCUCAUCCUUUUCUCAAAUUUGCUAGAAGGUUCCAUCCCAAAGAAUUUGAGCACCUGCACGUGUUUGCAGCGAGUAAGGCUUCAAAACAAUCGUCUGUCAGGCGAAUUAUCUUCGGAGUUCACGAAGCUCCCUCUCAUGUACUUCUUGGAUGUCUCGAACAACUAUCUUUCCGGCAACCUUGGAGACCAAAAAUGGGACAUGCCGUCGCUUGAAAUGUUGAACUUGGCAGGAAACAGGUUUUCAGGGAAGUUGCCACAUUCAUUCGGCAGCCAAAAGAUUGAGGUCUUGGACCUGUCGAGGAGCGGAUUUGCUGGUACUAUUCCACCUAGUUUGGGAAGCUUGACGGAGUUAAUGCAAUUAAGCCUAUGUGGAAACAAGCUGAUCGGUGAAAUCCCCGAGGAGUUAUCUUCAUGCUACAAGCUCGUGAGUCUAGACUUAAGCCAUAACCAACUCAGUGGUCGAAUUCCAACAGGUUUCGCAGAUAUGCCUGUUCUUGGUCAUCUUGAUUUGUCCGAGAAUCAAUUAUCCGGUGAAGUACCACAGCAGUUGGGGAAAAUGGAAUCGUUAAUUCAAUUGAACAUUUCUCACAACCAUUUACAGGGUAGUUUACCGUCUACCGGGGCCUUCCUUGCUAUAAAUUCAAGUGCAGUGGCUGGUAAUGAUCUUUGUGGAGGAGAUGAGACGAGUGGUUUACCACCAUGCAAAAAGGUUAAGCAUCGGGAUUGGUGGUUCUUGUUUGUUAUUUGUUCUCUCGGGGCCUUAGUUUUGCUCGUCGUUGCUUCUUUUGUCUUCAUAUUCAUUCGACGAAGAAACAAUUUGGAGCUGAAAAGAGUGGAAAACGAAGAUGGAAUAUGGGAAUUGCAAUUCUUUGAUUCCAACGUUUCCAAGUCGGUCACAGUCGAUGAUAUCACACUCUCUGCGAAAGAAGUCAAUGGUAUAUGCAGAGGCAAGUCUUUCGUGGUGAAAGAAAUGAAGGAAGUGAACUCAAUUACACCGAGCUUUUGGUCUGAAAUCAAACGACUCGGCAAGCUUCAGCAUCCCAACAUUGUUAAUCUGAUCGGAACGUGUUGGUCAGACAAAGGUGCAUAUUUGUUUUACCAGUAUAUAGAAGGGAAACUUUUAAGUGAAACACUUCACAAUUUAACCUGGGAGAAGCGGCGAAAAGUCGCUAUGGGGAUUGCCAAAGCUCUACGAUUCUUGCAUUCCUAUUGUUCGCCAAGUGUAAUCGUCGGAGACAUGUCACCGGAGAGAGUUAUCAUCGACGGAAAAGAUGAACCUCGGUUACAGUUGAGCCUUCCUGGACUGUGUUCCAUAGCGAACAAGCCCUUCAUAUCUUCGGCGUACGUUGCACCAGAAGCUAGAGAAAGCAAAGAUAUGAGUGAAAAGAGUGAUAUCUAUGGAUUUGGCCUCAUUCUGAUUGGAUUAUUAACGGGGAAAAGCCCCGACGAUGGUGAAUUCGGGGAGCAACACCAAAGCAUGGUAGAGUGGGCUCGUUACUGCUACUCAGAUUGUCAUCUUGAUAUGUGGGUUGAUCCCCUGAUCAAGCCAGGCCAUGCAUUCAACGCCAACCCGAGCCAGAUCGUUGAAGCCAUGAAUCUAGCUCUCCAUUGCACCGCCGGCGACCCCAUGGCUCGGCCAUCCUCAACCGACGUAUCUAAAACUCUACUAUCCGCUUUCAAAAUAACUUCCUGUGUUUCAGCCCUAAAGUUUUCUUCAACUGUUUAGGUUUUCUACUAAUAAUUACACAGCCUGACUUUGUUCAGAAUUUUGGUUAAUUUCCUUUUUUGUUUUCCCAUGGUUUCGAGUUCUAAGUUACUAAAAUGAUUGUCAUCACUCAAAUGUUUUGUUUGAUGGUAUGCUGAAUACGUACUAUUGAGUGGAAAAUUGUAGAUAAUUUAAAUGCCUUCAUAAAUGAAUUACAUUUUCUGUU